AUGGAAUGUAUUUAUCGAAUUCCUUUUACUUUUAUUCAAUGCCCAAAUGUAAAACUUAAGAAACCAUUAUGGAUUCGAACACCAUCAAAUAAUAUAGUUUUACUUGUUUUGCUUGUAUCUUAUUUUCUUGUUGGUGCUGGUGUUAUCUAUGAUAUUAUUGUUGAACCACCUAGUGUUGGUAGCACAACCGAUGAGCAUGGUCGCCAUAAGCCAGUUGCUUUUCUGCCAUGGCGUAUUAAUGGUCAAUAUAUCAUGGAAGGUCUUGCUGGUUCAUUUAUGUUUACGUUAGGUGGUCUAGGAUUUAUUUUACUUGAUCAAACAAAUAAACCAAAUAUGCCCGGUCUUAAUCGUAUAGUUAUGAUUCUUAGCUCAGUGAUCUUUAUUCUUAUUGCAUAUUUUACAACAAAAAUGUUUAUUCGAAUCAAAAUGCCUAGUUAUUUAAGUUGA